CUGUUUAUACCUUCUUUUCUCGCUCAUCUUUUCGCCUGUCAUUUCUUCCCUAGUCUUUUCCUUCAUGUAAUGUGAAUGUUAUAAUGAGGUGUGGCUCUCUGAGGCCAGUUCCCAGAAGGAUUCAGCUGUAGAGGUGAGAGACUGCUUUCAGAAAGAUGACUCUACACACUGUUUGCAGGAAUGUAGAAUAGUUUCAGUGAAAUGCCGAUUUAAACAUUUCCAUCAGGGUCCAGUGGGUACAUGGCGUCUUUGAGUUUUUAUUGAAAGAUGUUGGUUAAUAUUCUCUAUAUAUUGAAUCUAUCAAGCAUAUUUAAAUUAUAAACUAUAGGAAACUAGCAGUCUUGGGUCGGGAUUAUACUUUUCAUCUCCGUAAGUCUGUAAGGACCCAGGUGCACCACUCAAAGACAGAGAUAAUUAAUGAGUCCUUACCAAGACACAGGGUGCAUGAGACAAACAGAGUCCAAAAAAACCAAAAACCACACAUAGUUCAGGAGGUCGACAAUGCCUCGGGGCAAAACUCAGGGGCUUUUUCUAGCGGUGGAGACAAAGAGGAUCUGGAGGUCAACCUCGAUGCUGAAGACGAAGAUGGAGCAGACCCUGAGACCGGGUUAUCCACAGGCUCUGAACCCCUAGACAUGUUAUUUUCACAACUGGUGGGCACAGAAUCAAAAUUAACUGAUUUAUUACUUGCCAGCUCAGAAACAGAGGACUUUGAACAGAGAGUUCAUUAUUAGUCAGAUCAUGAGCAGCAAACUCAUAUUUGAUAGCGACUGGCUUAGAUAUACACAAUUCACUUGUGCAAUGCAGUGGCUCAAAAACUGAAGUUAAAUUAUCUUUUACUUUUUCAUUGGCAUGCUCAGAAACUAAACAAACUGAAUUAACAGUCUUUUGAUUUAGCCUGUUUUGUUGCACACUGAUCAGUCUUAGGUCCCGUUGUAUUGCAAACAGUCUUGUUUCACUGGCUUUAUUUGAUCCAGACAGAGAAAGUCAGUUUCAAUCGCCCUCAUGUAGUAAGUACAGUAACCAAGGAAUGCUGGAUACCAGUCUUUGUAGCCUGUAACUAACUGCUCCCUGAUAUCCUUACACCUUAUAAAUCAUGCCCUCCUUCAACUCAUCUAAGGGGUUGAGAGCUGCUGGGUCCAUAAUGGCCGUGUCAUUCUGUCACAAUUCGGCCUUGUGGCAGGUUAGGCAGGUGCAGCACUUGGAAACAAUGAGAAUUAACUAAACUCACAAGAAGAAACUAGGUGCUAGGAACAGGAAACUAGGAAACUACUAAGGAAACAUGGACCUCACAGAAAAAAAAAACCACACAGCAUGAGCAGAAAACAUGACAGCAAGCAAAGGGAGACUGAGGACAUAAAUACACAAGAGACAACGAGGGAACAGACCACAGGUAGGAACACAGCUGAAACUAAUCUGACUGACGAGGCAGAACACAACACACACAGGAUGAGAGACUAUCAAAAUAAGACAGGAAGUAACAAACACUGAGAUUCAUGGGCUAGACACUGGGACAGGGGAGAAACAGACAUGGACAUCAGAAUAGGAAAGACAUGAACUGACCAGAAAUCAAGAAUUACAAAUACAAGCUCAGAGGCACUGGAAAGAGACAUGUUCAGAAACUAGAUAACCCAAAACUUAUGAUAACCUGGAAAACCCAACAUCAUUCCUUCAAACUUUUGAAAAUAAGUCCAGAACGGAAACUCAAAACCCUGGGUCAUAUGACACAUGUCAUCUUUAGACAGUGACUGCGAGCAUCUGGGCAAAUGUCUAUGAGCCUGCUUGUUUUUUAUGAACUUGCACUUACAUGUGUACAAUGUCUAAAGUACACAAGCGCUCCGGGCAGCAGAUUUAAAGAAGUUUAACAGAAACUAUCUCCAGCUGUCUGUUUCCAUGUCCGCAAGCAAGUAUAAUCAACGCCUUCGUGUAAUUUUAACAGGACACAAGUGACACAGGAGGAAAUUAUAUACAAAUACUGUAAGUUCUUUUCACCAACUCACUCAGCGGUGAGUUGGAGAGGAGUUCCAAACAGUGAAUUUCAUCAUUUUAUCAUUUCAUUUGCAAAGAUAUAUUUUCUUGCCUGUCAAGCUGUUCCUGUGCAUUCCAUGUGUAAGCACCUUUAUUAAUUUUGCUCCCACUCUUCAUUUAUAUCCUUUUGUCCUUCAGAUGGUUAAAUAGCUAAUGUGAGAAUAGCACUUUAAAAUGUGAGAGUAAAUCCACGUUGUUUUGCAUGGGUUAGAAACCUAAAAAUGCUUUCUGCUGUAGAAUCAGUGCCAUGGCAGUUUGUUUUAUGGCCCUCCAAGUAUAUAGCAAUAAGACAAAACUUAACUAUGCUUUAGGAUUGGAACAAAUUUCCUAAAAUUUUAUAAAAACUCAAAAUGGAAUUUGGGGAAAUUAAGCCAGUCAAGAUGUGCUUUCAGUACCCGUUUCAUGUGUGUAACGCUGCUCCUCCCUCUGCCUGUAUUUUAAGUUCUAAUGAUGGGUGGACUGUUUCUGGCUGUUGCUACCCCAAAAUCUGGCAAUGUGUCAGGAGUUCUAAUGACUUAGACAGCCAUGCCAUCUGUUCAGAGCUGAUUUCAUACUAAUCUAAUCAUUUGUGACCUUUAUUGGCCUUUGGAUAGAGAAAAUGCCAUCCUGGACACAUCUCUGCAAUCAAGAAUAACAUCUCAACUAUGUAAUCUUCUGUAUCUUUUCAGUUUUCUAUUACUUUUCCCUGUAUGGAUAUAUAGGAUAUGGCAAAAAAUAGCCUCCUUAUGUGAUCCCCAGAUAUUUUCUUCUCUUUCUUUUCAUUCGCUAGUUUCAUGUAGCUAUGUGUCUAUCUAUAAUGCACAAAAUCAUUUUUUUCUGCUUUGAAGGUCUCUCAUUCUCAUGUUUUUCAUAUUAGCCAAUUUACCCAGAGUUCUGUUUUGAUGAUAUUUUGCCUUGAGCAUGACAGCAUUUUGUUCAUCUUCUUUUUCCUUUUAUGAAAACUACCUUGUUUUUCAAGUAUGCCUCCAAUGCCCACUGAGGAGUAGUUCAAAGCUUAUGUAAAUACAUGUGAUGCAUGCAGACAUUUUCUAUUUUAUUCUGUGCUUAUUUUAUUUUAUUUCAUUCUGUACUAUUCUGUUUAUGGUUCACCAGAUAGACACUCAUAGAGGGAGAAAAGCCACCCAGUGAGGGAAGCGGAAAAGUGUUUUACCUGUCUAUGUAAUUCUUAUAGCAGAUUUAUAGUUAUUUACAUAUACCUAUUUGAUAUUAGAGGACAUAACACACUCUGCAGAGAAGGGUGUUAUAGGUAACCUUAAUAUCUGAGACAUUUAUUCUGAAAUAAUGUCUCUGAUUCUGAUUCUUUGUUUAAUACAUUAGUGGUUCUUAUCUGGAUUGAUGUGUUGUUAUUGGGUUUUGGUCUCUGUUUCAAAAGGGCACUAAGCCCCUAAUUGCAGAGUGAAUGGCUCAGUCUUUGACACCUCCAUGGGACAGGUGUCUCAGUGGAGGUGCCCAAGCUGCUACCAAUGGCAGACAAGAGUUUUUAAUGUGUCUGGUUAAGUGGAUGAAUUAGAAAGCACUUUGUAAAACUGCUAAGAUUAAAAAAAGAAACUGACUUAUUUGGAAACCUAACUAAAUAACCAAGCAACCAAAGUCUUUAUUGCAUAGAUUUUUAAUUCAAUUGCUUCACCAUCUGCAGAGAGUGAACCACUGAAGGAGCUAGAUAAAUGUACUUUUUCAGGACACGGUUUCUUGUUAGUACUACCAUAGUAGCAGAGAGAAGAAAUACAUAAAGUGUUACUGCAUAAUUUAUUUUUAAAAAGAGCUCUAGGAAAAGAGAGUAGGCACUUCUACUGUAUUGCAAGCUCCUGCAAUAGAGAAUAUCACGAAGCUGGGAAAAAGAUGCAACACAGAUAAACGCUAUAACACUGUCAUACCAUCUCUUUGUUUCCUUUACAUGUUACUUAUUAGCGCUUAAACAGCCUUGGUUUGUAAGCUGACUUUAAAGCAGAAUGUCAAGAAUACAAAAAUAUUCUGUAAAAACUUUUAAAGAUUAUGACUUUGUGUCAGUAUGAUGAAUUGGCUGCUGUGAGUGAGAAAUGAAAAGUAAUAAUGUGGUUGGAGUAUGUGUUUAUGUGUAUGUUAUGAUGCCUCUUUUGUGACUCCAAGUUAAUGUGCAAGAGAAUGAAAUGAGUCCUGUGGGGCAGACUGGCUUCUGUUCACAAACUGCAUCCUGUCACAAUCCAAUUACUUUUCCAUUUCCUCCGUGCCCUGUGGUCUCGUUGCUGUGCGUACUGUUCAAAUACUGCCGGACAACUUAUGCCUCAGUUUGCAUGCAUGCAUGCAUUAACACACAGAUGCACAAACGCAUAGAGGAAAAAAUUCAGCCGGUAACUAUACUGCCUCCAUCCAUGAGAAAUUCAUCCAGACAGGGUAUUUACACCACAAUUUACAAGUGUGUUUCUUGAGUGUAGCUCAACACUAUGAAAAUCGGAUAAGGGUGGAAAACAUAAGAGCAAAAUAGAAAACAGAAAGCAAAGGCAGACUUGUAAUUUUGGACUACAUGAAUAAAAUCUGGCUUGAUUGCUCUACUUUGAAAAAUAAAUGAAUUAUAAACUGACGGAAAUGGGACUGAGGGUGAGAUUUGAUAGAAUGGAAUAAAAAUAGAUCAGAUGUCCUCCUGCAUUUCAUAUUCAAAGUUGUUUAGCCAACACUUCUCCUCAUUGCACUCUGUUUACUACAAAUGAAUGAAAAGAUAGAAGAGGGUGAAAGAAGCCCCAUGCAUACCCCAAACACCAUCAGUGCAGUUAGCAGAUUAAAUAUAUCUUACUCAUAUUUAAAAUCAAAUCACAAUAGUUAAUGCUGGCUGCUGUCGCCAACGCCUAAUAGAGUUUGUCAGCACACAGCUCUCCUCCAGUCAUGUUUCCCACAGCUUCUCCACAAUCAAUCUAAACUGGUGGAGAUGUCUUGGUGAAUGGGUUCAUCCUUUGUUAUUAUGAAUUACCUUUCCCCUUCCAUUUACCAGCUCUUGUACAUUGCAAAAUUGAAUUAAUAUGGAAUGAAUGAAUGAAAAUGGACAGUGUGUCAGUAAAGACUUAUUCUAAAUCUACUCCUUUUUCGCCCAUAUUUCUCAUUCAUGUCACUCAGGAUAACAAGGCUCCACCCGUGCAGAGAAUAUUGAUUUGCCGGUGUGUUUUGGUCAUGCUCUGUCUUUUUUGUUUCCACACAUGUAGGCAGAUUCUUUUGAGCGAUCAGACCAAUCUGCUGCACUGGGAUUAGUCCAUCGUUAGAGAGGAGGGGCGAGGGUUUUGGAAGGCAACAUACUCUCUAUCCUCCCCUUCACGGGUGAAUGUAUGUGCAGGCAGGGGGGAGGUGAAUGCAGAGAUUGUACUUGUGUGUAUGUAUGUAUGGGAGUGUACGUGAGAGUACGCAUGUGAAGAGGGUAGAGCCAAUCACAGCGCACCUGGUACCUCUCCCCCCCUGCUGUCUCUUUUUUGGUCUGCUCCAUCCCCCCCCACCUCAGUGGUUUCUGCUGCAGUAUAAGUCACAGCCUGCGCUGUUCUCUCUGACAUACACACACGCGCACACAUACGCACACACAGAGGGAGACUGACAUGCACACACACGCAUACGAGCACAAAUCCUCUUACAACUCGCCAGUGCCCAGAGCAGAUUAAGGGGCCGUACAUCUCAAAUUGUAUUCCAAAUGUGCCACCUUUGCAAGGGUCUUCUUCCUGUUCUUCUUGUACUUUUACAUCUUCCUCUUGUGCACCAACGGGACUUCUCUGCACCUGCUUCUGCUGCUUCUUCUUCCUCCACUACGUCUUCAACCUCUGGCAACUGGCCCGUUUGCCUCUGCAGCUGAGAUGACCAGGCAACCAGCCUGAGGCAGAGGAAGAAACUCACACAGACAUAAGUAGAGAAGGGAAAACAAAAGGGGGAAAGAGAGGCUAGAAGGAAGGAAGUCGAGGAUUAAUUCAAAUCUGAGAGCGCCCCUUGAGAAGAAAGACAGGCGAGGAGGGGUAGGUCAGCACGGCCAGGUUCGGAGAAUUGGAGGUGGAGGGGGAGGAGGGGGAGGAGGGGGGAACAGGAGAGGAGAGAGCUAUAGUUCAGAAAGGAGGAAACAGGGAAGAAAAGAGAGGAAAAGGAGCAGAGCAUUGAUCAUGAAGGCUCUGUUGCUGCUAGUUUUGCCCUGGCUCAGUCCGGCCAACUACACAGACAAUUUGGGCAACCUGCACAUCCUCUAUUCAGAACUGUGUAAAGGAGCCUCUCACUAUGGGCUCUCAGCAGACAGAAAGCGACGCUCGCAGGAGGGCGAAUGCACUGACAGCACCUCAGAACUCACCAUUGCCACCCUGCCCAAUGAUGGCCCCACUUCUGCUGCUGUGGCCCUCCUGUCAGAUGAACCAGGUCUGGUCAACCCUGCCUUUGACCCCAGCAUGGAGGAUAAUAGUCAGUCAGGCAGCACGACUAGCCUGGCUGCUCGGAGUAGCACAAAGAAGAGUGAGUUCAGAAAUUUUGAUCGCUCUUCAGUGAGGAGUCGCUCCUUCAGAAGGUUGAACAGGGCCUUCAGCGUCUUGAGGAGGACUAAGAGUGGCAACGCUGUUAGCAAUGAGACAUCUGAGGAAAGAGACAAUGCCAGGAAUUCCAGUGUGCCACAGGAAGUGGUGGCUCUUCCUCAGCUCCAUCACCUGAUCCCUGAUGGUGAAGUUACCAGUAUUAAGAUCACGCGGGUGGAUCCCUCAGAGCCACUGGCCAUUAGCAUCGUCGGUGGCAAUGAAACCCCUUUAGUUCGCAUUCUAAUCCAGGAUAUCUACAGAGAAGGUGUCAUUGCUCGGGAUGGACGCUUGCUUCCUGGGGACAUGAUCCUCAAGGUAAACGGCAUUGACAUUAGCAACGUACCCCACUGCUUUGCUGUGACCACCCUCAAACAGCCGUGCCAACUCCUCCGGCUAACCGUGCUCAGAGAACAGCGGCAUCGCUACCGUUCGCAUUCGCAUGGCCACCCACAUGGCCACAUCACUGGGGGCCACCCAUCACACGGCCUACCCCAUCAUCCCUUGAGAGAUGAUAGCAUCCAUGUGGUCCUGAACAAAAGUGCUCCAGAGGAACAGCUGGGCAUUAAGCUCGUGAGGCGGCCAGAGGAGCAUGGAGUGUAUAUCUUUCACCUGCUGGAGGGUGGACUAGCUGCACGUGAUGGGCAACUGUGCAUUGGUGACCGCGUGCUUGCCAUCAACGGGCACGAUCUACGUUAUGGCGCACCAGAGCACGCUGCUCUACUCAUUCAGGCAAGUGAAGAGCGCGUCCAUUUCAUAGUGUCUCGUCAGAUCUGCCUGCCCACUCCAGACCUCAUACAAGAAGAUCCGUGGGGCAUGGAUGGUCCCCCACCAUAUUCCCCUGUGGAUCUAGAGCAAACACUGCUGGACUCUUGUCAAAAGCCUGCAUGUUAUGAGAAGACAGUAAGUCUAAAUAAGGAGCCGCAUGACUCUCUGGGUAUGACAGUGGCGGGCGGCAUGUCCAGCCGAGGGUGGGACCUCCCCAUCUACGUUACAAAUGUGGACCCUGAUGGAGUGGUGGGACAAGAGGGCUCCAUACGCAAAGGUGACAUUUUGUUAAAUGUGAAUGGCAUGGAUUUGACGGGGGUAACACGAGGUGAGGCCGUGGCCAAUUUGAAGAACACCUCCUCUCCUGUUGUGCUCAAGGUUUUGGAGAUGCGUCCUCCAGAGGACUUUGUGCAAGAUUGCACAUUGCCACCUUGUCUUACGCCAUCACCUACAGACAGCAUCAAGAGCCCGGUGCCUAAUGACGAUUACUCCCCACUGUGGGUGUCAUGGCUGCAGCUACCCAGGCAUCUCUACUGCUGCAAAGACAUCGUCCUGCGGCGGAGCACUUCGGGCAGCCUGGGCUUCAGUAUUGUUGGAGGUCAGGAAGAGGUCAACUGCAAUCAAUCCUUUUUCAUCCGCUCGAUUGUGGAGGGGACACCAGCUUACAAUGAUGGCAGGAUAAGGUGUGGAGACAUCCUGCUUGAGGUGAAUGGAAAGAGUACUUGGGGGAUGACACACACAGCACUGGUUCGCCUUCUGAAGGAGCUCCGUGGCAGAAUCACCCUGACCAUAGUGUCCUGGCCUGGUAGCCUGCUGUAGCAGUGCUUUAAGCCAUCCAGCACUGUUUCGGUGGCAGUGACCAAGGAAUGUCAAAGGCAGAGCUUUAGUCUGGCUGACUACCUAAUUUUGCUGUGAGGGAGAAGCUUAGAAUAGUCGUGUAGCUGUUUGGAUACCUCACGUCUGAUGGACAGCCGUGACUUCGGCAGGAGUUUGGAGGGGGACAGACACAAGACUGGAUUGUUACCAGAGGUUAACGUGCCCCUCAGAAAAUGCUGAACUGGGAGGAUCCAGGCUUGAGACACUUUUAACUAAGAUGUUGGGUGUUAUCAGUUUAGAGGACAUGAUCAUUCUCUGGCAUCGAGUGGGAGUACCGACAGGAGACACAACAUGUUGCCAAUUCCAGUAGUUAUAUGUUAGGAUAUGCGUUAAGUUGGACUCACAUUUCUCUACUGUAACUGUUGGGUGUCUAAAAAAGAUCCAAGCACUUGUAAUAUGUUUAUUUUGUUUGUUUGUUGUAUGGCCUUUUAAUGUAGGCUUUAUUCUGUUUGUACUGACAGUGGUUGUCAUCUUCAUCUGUUGAUCUGAAGACACAUUGCCAAGUAGUAGUCUGUGAGGUUUUUUAUGUUAUGUCAGAAGCUAUGGCUAAACUAUCAAACCACUGGCAAAGAAAAUAUAUGAAAAAAUAAAGGAUUAAUGUGUUCAUAACAUGUUAAAAGAUAUUUAAUUAGAUAACAGUGUGGAGGCCUUACUAAUUUUCUUACAUUUAAGAAAAAAAAUGACUUGGUUUCUGUGUAUCAGUGGAAGGGCUGAGGCCCAUCUACUGCAGUUCUAUCUGUCACGCUUCGGCCUGUGUAGUAUAUCUGAUGGUACAUUUGGUUAACUGAUCAAUAAAAUCAUUUGAAAAAUUG